UGCGUGCAAUGAGUCUCCGCAUGACACUAACCACCUCUUUGCAUGCCCAACGAACCCCACACAUCUAACACCCUUUCCCUAUGUUUCGACCCCUUCGAAACAGCUCGUUUCCUAGGCCUCCCCUUAGAUAACCUCAACGACAACAAGUCUGGAACUUAUCGCCCAAACGGGGAUUCGGUAACCGUUACAACAACAACAACUACAAAAUUGGUUUGAUAAGGAGGUAAGUAUGGACCCUUCCAUAUGAAAUGUCGGUGACUGUUAUGCUAUAAACAAUUGAUUAUUUUAAGUAAAAAAUCGAUUCUCGAGUACAAUCGAAAUCGAGUUUUCCAUCCCUACUAGGCUUUAUCCAGCUAGGAAAAAUUAAAGUGAUAAGCAUAUACCAUGGUGAUAAGUGACUUAGGUUUGCAUAGGAUUGACGUAAAUAAUUUCUAUAAAUGAAAUUACCAUCUGUUUUUCUGAAGAACAAAUAACAUUCAUAAAUAAAUCUAUCCGUUUCCAUAACAGUCGGGUCUACGUAACCGGAACGGACCCGGACUUUUUCCGGCCAAGGACUGUCAACUCGACAAAAUUCUGCCGCUACAACAACAAUAAAUAAAUCUAUAAAAAUAGAAGAAAUUUAUCAACACUUAUAUUGCAUUGAUUAAAAGUCUUUCAAGUUGCAAAAGUUGUUAAAAAGAAAAAUAUAUGCUCGUAUGUGAAUGAGGAAAUUUAUUUUUUUGCGCUAUUUUACGAUGUACUAAGAGGUCACAGUUAAAGACCUCGAGUCCAAAGUAACAUCGUUAAAUUUUCUAUUGUCUUCUGAUGAUGUAUGUAGUUAAAUCCGUAUUCAUCAAAAGUGAUAUAAUAAGUGAUUACGGGAACUUCGCUCCGAUACUAUUUCUAAAGAUUAAAAAUUCAACAAUUUAAAACAUUUUCAAAACAAACGCCGACAACGAUAAUAUUAGCAUAUGUAAUUUUUUUGAAAUUACUAUAUUAGUAUAAUGGCGGUUUUUUCGAAAUACAUUGAUCUGGCGAUGCAGAAAUACGACGAAAACGGUUUAUCGAAAACCAUAAUCAGUAGAGUGAUACUCUGCGCGGCAAUCUGUGCCUAUACUUUUAAGACUACAUAUCCGUUAUUUGGAAAGCAGUUUGUGAAUAAGAACAACGUUGAACAUACAUGCAAAAACUAUAAUAGAACUUUGUAUAAGGAACUAAAUGAAAAAAUAGUUAAUGCCACGGAGUAUGAAGAUUCGAAAUUGGCUGAAGCAGAAAAAUUGAUUAUAGCAACACAAUUGAAAAGGCAAUCUUUACAUCUAGAACCUGGCCUUAACAAAGAAUUCGUUCUGCAAUUAAGAAAGCUCAUAAAAAUUAUCGUACCAAAAGUGAUAUGUUACGAAAGCGGCCUAUUAAUCGUUCAUACUUUGUGUUUAAUAUCUAGAACAUUUUUAUCAAUUUAUGUAGCUGCGUUGGAAGGUGCCAUCGUAAAAUUUAUAGUACAGAAGGAUGUGAAACAGUUUGUUAUAGUACUUUUAAAAUGGUUUGGAAUAGCUAUACCAGCUACAUUUAUAAACUCAAUGAUAAGAUUCCUGGAAAGCAAGCUUUCAUUGGCUUUCAGGACUAGAUUGGUGCGACACUCAUAUCGUUUAUAUUUCAAAAAUCAAAAUUAUUAUCGGGUUUCUAAUUUGGAUGGACGAAUAGAAAACGCUGAUCAUAGAUUGACAGAGGAUAUAGCAGUAUUUGCUACCUCAGUAGCACAUCUAUAUAGUAGCGUUACCAAGCCAUGCUUUGACCUGAUGCUUAUUGGGUUCGCUUUAAUGCGAUCCACCCAAAAAAUGAAAGCCAACAUUGUUUCAGGCCCAACACUCGCCAUUAUAGUGAUAUCGUUAACAGCACAUAUAAUCAGAGUUGUUUCGCCGAAAUUUGGCCAACUUGUAGCCGAGGAGGCUAAUCGUUACGGGUAUUUACGUCAUAUACAUUCUCGUAUUAUAACGAAUUCUGAAGAAAUAGCCUUCUACGGUGGCCAUAAAGUGGAAUUGCAACAACUUCGUCAAGCAUAUAACCGUUUAGUUAAUCAAAUGAACAACAUAUUUAUACAAAAACUCUGGUUUGUUAUGCUAGAACAGUUUUUCAUGAAAUACAUCUGGUCUGGGACGGGAAUGAUAAUGGUUUCGCUACCGAUUUUGACGUCAGGCACAGCAUUACACAAAACAAAUCUCUAUGAUCCAGUAUCUAAAGAAGUGCUGAACUCAAGCGUUAGUGAGCGAACACAAUAUUUAACUACUGCACGAAAUUUACUUAUAUCUGCUGCCGAUGCCAUUGAGCGGUUGAUGUCAUCAUAUAAGGAAAUUGUCGCUUUGGCUGGGUAUACUUAUCGUGUUGCUGGAAUGUUGCAAGUAUUUGAAGAGACUGCUCAAGGUGUUUAUCAUAAAAAUACGAUCGUUGAAAACAACGAAAUAAAUGGCAUUAUUGAGUUUAAAGAUGGUAAGCCAAUUGCCAAGGGCCGCAUUAUCUACACGGAUACGCCUAAUGAUAUGACCAUCACAUUACGAGCUGUACCUGUGGUCACUCCUAAUUGUGAUAUUGUCGUAUCAAGUCUGACUCUUUGUAUUGAGCAAGGAAUGCAUCUCCUUAUUACCGGACCAAAUGGCUGUGGUAAAUCCAGUUUAUUUCGUAUAUUAAGUGGUCUAUGGCCAAUUUAUGCUGGUGAAUUGCUUAUACCUCGUCCUGUAGAGGAUAAACCAUGUAUGUUUUACAUCCCCCAACGUCCAUACAUGUCAACGGGAAGCCUUUGUGAUCAGAUUAUUUACCCUGACAGUCGAGAAGAUAUGUUACGCAAAGGUUUUACAGAGAAUCAGCUCCGAGGCAUUUUAAAAAUGGUCUGUUUAGAACAUAUAGCACAGCGUGAUGGUUUUAAUGCCGUACGAGAUUGGAAGGAUAUUCUCUCUGGGGGAGAAAAACAGCGCAUGGCAAUAGCACGACUCUUUUAUCACAGAUUAACCGUCUUUAUCUACUGUAGCUAUUUGGCGAAAAACAAAACCUCGCAUUUCCUUUGCCGUUAGGUAAAUUUGGUCACCUGUAAUAUGUACAACGAUGUUUUACAGAACUACUUAAAAGUUAUAACUGCAAAUAAAAAUAAAACAUAUGUAUUAUUAAUUAUAAUAAUAAUUAAAUAUUAAUCAAUUGAAAUACACGGCUAUAAACGCUGCUGUAAAAUUGCAUAUGCUACACAUCCCUUCGCCAAUUUUAAACAAAUAUUUAGAAAACUGUCACAUGUAUCUAAAAUAGUCGGAUUAAUACAGCUAAGCAAGUUAUUUUUCACUAAUGAAGAAAAUAUUUCUUUCAAAUGCACACACAUACACGUA